AUGUCGACUGGCGAGGACAGGGCCGGCGCCAGCCCCAGCGGGGAGGGCGGCAAGGAGAAGCUGCGCAGGCGCGCACAGCGCCAGCCCACACCCGCCAUCUCGGAGAUCGAACCCGCGGAGAGCGACGACGACCAGUCGCGCCGGCGCCCCAGGCCGCCCGCGGCGCGGCGGCUGGACCGCGUGCUGCAGGAAACCGAGUCGAAGGAGCUGGCGGAGGGCGGGCGAUGGUCGAUCUGCUCUGCGGAGGCGGCCACGCUGGUGUGCAGCAUUGUGAUCUGCGUGGUGGCGGCCAAGUACUUGGAGAACCUACCGCAGGACGCGGACAGGAAAGUGUUUACAAAGGAGGAGCUGGCACGUUACGAUGGGUCCAGUGGUGGGCCCAUUUACCUCGCCUUUGUUGGCCAAGUGUUUGAUGUCUCCAAGGGCAAACAAUACUAUGGGAAAGGAGGCGGUUACGACUUCUUUGCUGGAAGGGACGCAACGAGGGCCUUUGUCAGCGGUGAUUUUGAGAAGGACCUCACGGACGACUUGACCGGAUUUACUCCCGAAGAAUUCAGGAGCCUGAUGGAAUGGAGGUCGUUUUAUCACAAAGACUACAAGUACAUGGGCAAGGUAGAGGGCCGCUUUUACAACCCACUAGGUGAGCCCCUUGAAGACCUACAAAAGUUCGAAGAUGGAGCUGCAGAAGGGAAUCGGAUCGCUGAACUGAGGAAAGCAGAGAGGGCCAAGUACCCGAACUGCAACUCGAAGUGGUCUCAAGCCAAAGGAGGGGAGGUCUGGUGCAAAGAAGGUUACUAUCCUCGGCGCGUCAUGGAGCCGUCGUCAGGGGCGAGACUGAAGAUGCGGUGUGCGUGCUUCAAGGACCAGCAGCACUCAGAUUUGAGACAAUUGUACGAUGGGUGCAGCCCGGAUGAGAGCAGGUGCAGGACUGCACCAGCUCAAAAGGGCGGCAAGGCGGGCAAGGCUGGCAACGCUGGGUCGGAUAAUAAGGCGAAAGUAGGAGCAGCUUGA